AUGCUCCUCUCCUCAAUCUGGUCACUAUCUCUCUGCCUCUUCUCAGCAGCAGGCGCCCUUGCAGCAAAGAAUGACCAAGUCCACCAUCCGACAGUCUAUCUGAUUCGCCAUGGCGAGAAGCCCGCAGACCCAGGCAACCACGAGUUAACCCUGGAAGGGCUCAAGCGCGCACAAUGUCUGCGCCAAGUCUUCGGUGCCAAGUCAGAAUAUAAUAUUGGGUAUAUCAUGGCGCCAAAAAUGAAAUCUAGUAAUGGUGGGCAUGGUCGAGCAUUCAAAACCGUGCAACCUCUCGCAGCAGAUCUAGGACUGGAUGUAGAUAUGCAUUGCGGGCGCAAGAACACCGAUUGCGUCGCUGAUGCGAUCAGGUCGUAUGAUGGCGCUGGAGAUAUUCUGGUCUCAUGGCGACAUACGAAUAUGGGCCAGAUUCAGGCAGCGCUGGGGUCUGAUGAGCCGGUGGAGUACCCGGAUGAUCGUGGUAUUAACGAGUCGUGUAGAUAUGAUUUGGUUUGGACGAUUCCGUAUCCAUAUCAUAGAAUUACGGUCACGCAAAGUGAGAAAUGUCCUGGAUUGGAUGCUAGGGACCAUCCUGAUCUCGUGGUUCAGUAUUGA